AUGGCAUAUGAUACAACAGGGUGUUAUGUGCAAAGGAAAAUAUCAGAAAAGCUUAUAUUGGUUAUUGUAUGUAUGACAAUAGCAAUCAUUGCACAUCUUGCUUUUACAGUUAUUGUUUACUUUGUGGAUAAAAAUAAGGAUGUAUCCAACUUAAAAACCGGAGUAGAGUUGGGCAUUAUUGUUCAGCAUAAUAUAAUUCUGAUCUAUGCACUUAUCAUUAUACAAGGACUUCUUGAAAGAGAUAUUUUCCAGGUGUUUCUUGCUACAUUUGUGACAACAGUUGUGAAUGCUCUUUAUGUGGCUGUAUCAUUUAUGCUGAAAUUUGAAGGACCACAAGUACUUUAUAUGUCAAAUCUUUUUUUUAUAGUUAUAUGUGGUAUAAUACUUCUUUAUAUAAUAUGUUUUACAGGCGAAUUACAAGCUGAUAUUGGCUGGUUCUAUUACAAAUCAUAUGGACCAACCUAUAAUGUUCAAAUGGCACUAGAAAAAUCAACAUAUACAUUCUUUAAGAUUAAUAUUCAGUUAUUUGUUUCCUCUAUAAUACGUAAAUAUUAUUUAGUAGUUGACGUGGGAUUUUUUUAUAUUGAAACAGCUCUAUAUGCAGCAAUAAUAAUAUUAAAUAUUUUAGAAAGAGCCUUCAAAGUGGUUAGCUUACUGAUUAGACUGAGUAUUAUAUCUAUAACAUGUGUUUUAUUGGGUUAUAAUAUCAUUCAGUUAUCUGAUGAUUCUAUAAUCAAUAAAGAUUAUACUCUGUAUAAAAAUGAUACUACAGAUUAUUAUACAUUAUAUGAACAAAUGACACUGGGAGUGCAAGCUGCUAUGUUAGGGGGGUAUGUGUUUUUGCUAAUUGUUCUUACAUUAAAUCAAACAAUUGGCUGGGCAAGUAAAGAGGAAAUAGACCAAAAAGGUAAAAAAAGAAUAUCCAUUUAA